AUGUCUCGGCGACAACGACCAACCGCUUUCGACGUCUCCUUUCCUGACGAGAUCUCUGAGGCUUCGACUGGGUUGCAAGAAGAUGACAACCGAUCCGCCCGCUCCUCGAGCGCACCGAAGAGAAAGAAGCGCGAUGAUAUGACAGAAUCGCUUCAGUACACCCCGGACCAUGAUGAUAUCUACGAAGGGGGAAAGUUCGUCAUCCCAGGCGAAGAUCCCGACGCUGUGGAUGAGGACGGGAUUCCUGUCCGAGUCCUGUCCGAAUUCUGCAUAUUCGAUCCCAAGGACGGCUACCACCUGUACUCUUUGGAUGACGAAAAUUUCAAUAAGCACCAACUACAAGCAGCAGGUGUGGUCUCGCCGGUGUACGUAAACGAGGAAGACGAGGGUCAAGAAGAUGGUGUCGAUGGCUCCGUGCAGCGCUUCAGGACCACCGAUAUCGAACAGUAUAGCCUCAAUUAUGAAAGUAGGGAUGAGGUCACUCAAAUCUUGAUCUCCUCCGCGAAGGAAAAUCCUAUGUUACAGUGGGACGAACUCAUAGAGUCGACGACUACGAGGAUGGAUCCUCUCCUUGGUGCUGAAAUCAAACCAGACGACUUCCUUGCAACGGUCCCGUUGAUCUCGGUGAUUCUCUCGGAGAUACAGGUUGGCGAACGAUUGAAGAACGUGCCUGCAGUCCGCCGACUUCUCGAAGGUGAUGUACCUGUCUCGAGGCUAUCUACGCCUGCACCGGUGGCGCAUCCUGGACGACAUCAUCGGCCGGGAAUGUUUGUUAAGUGGAACAAGAAAAUCGAUCUCGCCGUUCUCCGCCGAGAAAAUCAGAAUCCGACCCACGUCACUCCCCUAAUCGACCAGUUGGCGCGAGGGUGGUUCAACGAGCGUCUGCACGUUGUAGGCGUGAAGCUCCCGGAGGAGCGCCGCGAGAGCGAAGCAAAGCGCGCUCGUUUGUGGAUGCUUCAACGCCUCGGUGACUACAUCGAACGUCAAAUGAAGAAGAAAACAUCCAAGAAGGCCCGCUUGGACAGCUAUGCCGCCGAGGACCGGAUUAUCGACGAGUACUGGAAGUCCAUUGUUAUUGACGGCGUCAAAUAUUCGAUUGGUGAUACUGUCCUGACGCCGCGGGGAAACUACGAGCAACGUAACGAGAGAGCCCCGGACAUGCCGAAAGACCUGGCGGAUAUACCAGAAGAUGCCAUCAUCAGCGAUUUCUUCUGGUUCGGACGCAUCAUGCACAUUAAUCAGCAACGAAGGAAGAUUCACCUGCAGUGGUUCGACCAUGCGCCUCGAAGCAUUCUGGAGGAGCUUGCUGACCCGCGGGAGCUGUUCCUGUGGAACUCCUGCGGCGAGAUCAACGCCGACGACGCUUACGACAAAGUGGAUGUACGCUACCGAGAACACUACAGCAAGCCGAACGAUACGCGACUCGACCGUACUGACCCGUCGGUCUUCUAUUGCAACUACAUCUGUGACGAAACGACUGCGUGUUUCACCCACAUAUCAGACGAGCACCGGUUGUCUCCGCAAACCCUGACGCCUCCCGAUAACUGCCCGCCUUGUCAGCUCUUGAGCCAGCAAGAGCAAGAUCGGACUGUUGUGUCUCUCAGAGACGGUGUCGCCUACGGUGGUCAUCGGUACCACAAAAACGAUUUCGUAGUGUGCUACAACGAGGAUGCCGGGCCUGCCAACGUCGUUCAGAUAGUUGACUUCGUUAGGGCGAAGGGUAGGGAACGAUCGGUAGAAGCCGCCACGGUACACGUCCUCGGCCGCAUUGGAGACAUAAUAGGCAUUCCAGACUGCCCGGCACAGAUGAUGAAGGAUCAUCAGCAUCUCUUCAUGACGGAGCAAGAGGCACAAGUGCCCAUCGAGGCCUUCCUCGAACCGUGUUUCGUGGUGACCAGGCGUUCGCUAAACGACGACGACGCAAGCCAAGGCUGGCUUUCUUCUCCCCGACACUUCUAUGUGAAGUACGAGUUCCCGACACUCGCGCCCACCUCGUGGACAGACCAGAAAACUCUUAAAUGUAAUGAUCUGCUGGUCUGUGCUGAGUGUUUCGAGGAGGAGAAGGCACGUACCGAAGCCUUUCAGCGGUUCAUCCAGGUGCAGAGGCGCCGUCCGCUUCGUGGCUUUGAUCCCUUCGGUGGUGUAGGUGCGUUUGGUCUGGCAAUGGAGGAGUCAGGAUGUGUGAAGAUGCAGCAAGCUGUUGAGAUCUCGCCAAGUGCAGCCUGUGCCUUACGGAACAACUCACCGCAGAUGGUCGUCUACAACCAAUGUGCCAAUGUUGUGCUGGAAUAUGCAAUCAAGUCUUUCGAAGGUCAUAGGCCUCCGGUGCCCAGGGAAGUCGGGCGAUCGCACGAGCGUCUGCCUGAUCCACCAAAACCGGAAGACAUCGAUGUAGUUGUGGCUGGGUUCCCGUGUCAACCUCAUUCGCGUCUCAACAUGUAUCAGCAUGCGAAUGAUCGCAAAAGCCAUCUCGUCCUCAAUCUCUUAUCCUGGGUUGACUUCCUACAGCCGAGAUAUUGCGUCUUUGAGAAUGUGCGAGGCUUUCUCCAGUACAGCCUCCACACGUAUCAGGCUGGGAGCACCGUCCCUGGAUACACACAUCCUCCAUCAUUGCCUCAACCUACUCAUGACUUCCCUCUUGUGGAUGCACUUCAAAUGAAAUUCUCCAAUGAAUCCAAAGCCCAGCCUAUUCGCACACAGAGGGGCUUUGCUCCACAUCGUUUUGUAUCUGUUGAUGAUGCUAUAGGUGAUCUCCCAAGAUUUCAUUGGACACACCUGAAUGAAGGUAAUCAGGCUGGAGAUGUGCCUGAGCUUCCAUGUGAUCGCUCCAAGUGGUUUUGUGGAUUUGCUGGGCCUGAUGUGGAGUACGAAUCUGCACCAAGAACAACAUUUCAGGCCAAGUGUAGAAGUGACCAUAUCAGGGAUAUCCAGCACUUUACCGAGGUUCCUGUAGCUAAGAAAGUGGAACGUGUUGUCAGCAUUCCAAUGAGUGCCAAGGCAGACUACAGGAGUCUGGACGGAAGAUUAUUGGAAUGGCAAACCUCAAACCCGUCCUCUGCAGUUGCGCGUCUAGGGAUGUAUGGGCGUCUGAACAAGGAUGAGUGGUUCAAUACCACUGUUACCAACGUUCAGCCAGAUGCAAAACAAUCAUGGGUACUACAUCCAUAUUGCAAGCGCAUGGUCACUGUCCGGGAAUUAGCUCGCUCACAAGGUUUUCCGGACAGCUUUGUCUUUCAUUCAGAAGAUGAAGAUGUGAAAGCACUUCACAGGCAGAUUGGCAAUGCAGUUCCGUGGCCUGUUGCUGCCGCUAUAAGCCGCGAGCUCUCGGAGGCCGCCUUCAAGAAAUGGCAUCACGACAUGCAUAUGGCAACUGACGUAGAGGACAAUUAA